AUGAGGAAUUAUGAGUGGGAACUUUGUGCAAGAGAGGUGAAGUUUAGGCUGGCUUAUGUUGCUCCUGAAUCUAGAGUGGUGGGUGCUGGAGACUUGGUAGAUCAUCCAAAAAAAAUUGCUCUUAAUUACCUUAAAGGAUACUUUCUUAUUGAUUUGUUUGUUGUAUUACCGCUUCCUCAAGUAAGUUGCCUUUCUCUUGCAUGUUAAUUUUGCAUUUCUUUCAUUCUACAUUAUUUCACAAUUUUUUGAGAUCAGCAAACCAUUACGAAACAUCAUCAAUAUCCUAUGCUGGUCCCACAAAUGUAAGGGCCAGGGGUGGACUUGCAUAAUGUGGGCUCUAUAGAACUUAAGCUGGUGUUUUCAUUCACGUGCAAGUCCACAGCCAUUUUAAUUUCCAAAGUAGCGGAAAUGUGUGACUUGGCAUUUUACGAAAUUGAUUUAACUAACUAUGUGGGAUAUCUAAUUAUUUAGUCCAUUCAGGUUAGGACCUAGGUCACCCCUUCAGACCUUAGCAUUGUUUGGAGCAACACUGGGUAGUAAGCCUGUUUUUGAGUUUCCACAUUUACGGACUAAUUCUGGCAAGUUGGGCCACAUGGGAUUUGCGAGCCAUAUUUGUAAUUGUGCAGUAUCCAUCCAUCUUAAUAGAGAUGUAAGACCCUUCAAGUGAGACAUGUA